GGCACUAUAUUCAUACUGUCCGACUUCAAGCCGAUGGCUCGGCCCCUGUGCCGCGAUAUCGUGUUUUACAUAUCGACCACUUUUAUAGUGUGGCUGACGUUUUUGGGCGGCUCUAUCAAGAUGUCCCACUCGAUUGCAUUCAUUUGCAUCUAUUUAUUUUACAUCAUUACAGUCGUCGGCUCUGGCAUUAUAUACACUAAAUAUCUCAAUAAGAAAAAGACCGAAUCUAGCGAUGAACCGCCCGAAGAGAUGUCGGGUCGAGUGAGUAAACUGGUGUUCGCGCGCACAUACUUCGGUCGCCAGGCGUCCAAAGCCAAGCGCACGUCCAUUAAUGACAUGCAGGACGACAACUAUGAAGGAGUUGUACUCAGAAGAAUCAAAUUCCGCGAUAUCGGCGUUACGUCACCGCAAAGGAGACGCACCCUCUCUAACAUCCAUCAGCCCUACCAAAACGGCUCACAGCGGAAGAGUAUAUUCACGGUCUCUAAAGCAGACAAUGAAGAAGAAUUUCGGGGCAGAACUCAACGAAGCAAUACAAUAUCGGACGUCUCGUUCCCAAACCAUACACCAGUGGUGGGCGAGAAGAAAAGGGUCCUAUUAUUACAUCAAUUGAGUAAAAUAAGUAUGAAUAGCAUUUGGUCGUCAAAAUCGACAACAUUUGUGAUGAAUGAUUGGCACGAAUUCCUUAUGCAAAUCUGUCCAAUCGAUUGGAAAAGUUUCAAAACAGAUCCCAUCUAUUGGAAGAUAUUUGCCAUCUUUAAGUCUCCGAUUUAUUUCAUACUAACGAUUACGACACCAGUGGUGGACGAAGAGGACGAACGUAAUAAUUGGUGCAAAAUAUUGAAUCUUUUGCAUAUAAUAAUUAGUCCGCAGGCCUUCCUAUUCAUCACUGAAAUGUCAAACGAUCAAAACUAUAUAAUGGAGGGAAUAGUGUUUGGAGUGUCAAUACUGGUAGCGCUGGUCGUGUUCUUCACGUCGGAGACCGAGAAGCCGCCGGUCUAUCACUGGGUGUUUGCGUACUUCGGUUUCAUAAUCGCCGUCUCCUGGAUCUACGCUCUCGCCAACGAAGUGGUCGACCUCUUGACCGCAAUCGGCAUUAUCUUCAAUCUAAGUCACCUCCUGCUGGGCCUCACUGUCCUCGCCUGGGGUAACAGUGUUGGAGAUAUGUUGUUAGGAAUCGGUAUUCCCUAUACUGUGCUACUCAGUAGCGGUACAACAGUGACAUGCACGUAUUGGGAGACACAGGGAGUGAAGACCGUAAAUGUGAGUCUAUACACGAGAUUCACUAAACAAUGGUAUGAAUGGGAACAGGAUUUGUAUAAACGAUAUGGUAAAGUGUUUGGAGUCUACGAAAUCACAAAACCUGUACUCUUUGUGUCGGAUCCGGAAUUGAUUCGCGAUAUUCUGGUCAAAGACUUUCAUAUAUUUACAAACCGAAGGGACUUCCGUACGGGCGCUGACCCACUGAUGGACAAUAUGUUAGGUGCUGUACAGGACGAUCAGUGGAAGAAAAUCCGGUCAAUAAUGUCGCCGACAUUCUCGACGGGAAAACUCAAGAAAAUGAUGCCUUUGAUAGUCGAGUGUCGGAACAGUUUGAUCGACAAUUUGGACAAAAUCGCCAAAACU